CCCCCUCCCUCGUUGCAGCAGUUGCCAGGCACCUGUCACUCGGGCCCUUCCCUUCCGAUGCUUGGUUAGCCCGUCGUCUACCACCUGGGCCUGCUGCUGCCCCGGCAAGGCCGCGACCGCGAUCGCUCGGUUGUCGAGCACAAGGUUGUUGGUAGCCGGCCUCGCUCGCGCGCUGAGGCCUUUUUAACAGGACCUCGCCGUGAGCGAGCUCGCUCUCUCGCCCGUGCGCGGCGGGUAGCUAGCCUAGCUCGGAGCGAGCUGCUCCGACGACGACGGCCGGGUAGCCGGCGGCGCCGCGGCGAAGUAUAUAUAUAAAUUUGGGCUUCUCGGGUAUGGGGCGGCAGCCGUGCUGCGACAAGCUGGGGGUGAAGCGGGGGCCGUGGACGGCGGAGGAGGACCGGAAGCUGAUCAACUUCAUCCUGAGCAACGGCCAUUGCUGCUGGCGCGCGGUGCCGAAGCUGGCCGGGCUGCUGCGCUGCGGCAAGAGCUGCCGCCUGCGCUGGACCAACUACCUCCGCCCCGACCUGAAGCGCGGCCUCCUCACGGACGCCGAGGAGCAGGUCGUCAUCGACCUCCACGCCAAGCUCGGCAACAGAUGGUCGAAGAUUGCUGCCAAGCUACCGGGCAGGACUGACAACGAGAUCAAGAACCACUGGAACACCCACAUCAAGAAGAAGCUGAUCAAGAUGGGCAUCGAUCCGGUCACGCACGAGCCCCUCGACCGGAAGACCAGCAGCCCGGCCACAACCUCGCAUUCCGUCGUCACCGCUGACUCAACAAGCAAGUCCGACGAGGCGACCAAGCAGCAGAGCCCGGCGAGCGACGUCGUCAGGGACGUGUUGGCAGCCGACGGUUUCAGCCCGACGGAAUCGAGCACGAACACUGUCAGCACCGGCGGAAGCAGCAGCAGCAGCGGCGGCAGCCACGACCAGGACCCGCUGGUGAAGUGGCUCCUGGAAGAGGACCCGCCCACCGGCGACGAGCCGUGGCUCGACUUCACCGCCGGCAGCGUCGACGUGGACGAGUUCAGCAGCAUCGCCGCCGGCCCGGAGUUGCCGUGGGACGGCGCGACCGACUGGCUGCUCGACUACCAAGAUUUUGGAUUGGAGGACUCGAGCUUGGUCGUCGAUGGCUACAUGAUCAACGGCUCAAACGGAGCAAAGUUCUAGCUAGCUGCAGCAGGUGAAGAUGGUGACAUCAGCUUGUGUUGCUACCAGUGUAGAUACGUAAUAAAAAACAUGCAUAUAUCGAGGUUGUGAAAAGUGAAAUGACCAGAUCGUAGGGUGCGUGGUCAAGAGUUCUUGCUCUCCUUGAUCGAUCCAACCAACGGCUGGGAUGCAUUAUUUGAGGGGGUAGUAGAGAGAGGUGUGUAGAAUUAGCUAUAUAUAUGUUGCUUUUUAUCCCUUUGGGGUUAAGGGGUUUGUGUUACUUGAAAGGUGUUUCUUCUCAAAGAGAGGUUAUUGUAGAACUUCUUGCUGCUGCAUACAUGCUUGCAAUAUACAAAAUGGGUGGGUGAUUAGGUGGUGUAGUUUAUAUUCUGGUGUACGCAUGUAUUGUUAAGUUGCACCUAGCUAGGCAUUCUUGCAUUGUACGUGUGCAAAAUGCAUGAAUUACUAAUUAGUGAGCAAACAUGUGGUCCUUCU